AUGGCGUCCCGGCUGGUCCUCUUCUCUCUUGCCGCGCUGGCUGCUGCGAACCCCAUCCGCCCGGAUGGCUACGAGCGGCCGGCCCGCAAACACGUUGGAGGCGUCGGCCGCCUCGCCCGCGCCGUCAUGACGCCUCAACAGCCCCGCGGCGUGCCGGUCGAAGGUCUCGCCAAGGUGGAGAUUAGAUACUCCAACCCCGGUGACAACGAAACUUGCGGGGACACUCCCGAUAUUGAACCAAGUGCCGAGAAGCCCAAAGAUAAGAAGAAGGAUAAGAGCAAGGACAAGAAUAAAGAUAAAAACAAGGAUAAGAAUAAGGGCGGUAGCGGCUCCGGUUCCGACUCAGGUUCAGGCUCUGGUGGCUCAGGAUCUGGGGGCGGCAGCACAGUCAGCAACGGCACUUUUCCCGGCACCGGUGGCGGCGGUGGCAUAGUCAAGACCUUCCCUACCCCAGCCGGCAUCGAGAACCUGUCCGCGGCGCGGACCAUCACCGGCAGCUUCGACGGCGGCAUGAAGAUGUUUGACCGCGUUCCCAGCACCUGCACGGGCAGCGAGGGCGGACAAAAGGACGCGGCGUUCAUCCUCGCCGACGGUGCCACGCUCAGUAACGUCAUUAUCGGAGCCGGCGCGGGCGAGGGUAUCCAGUGCCAGGGCAGCUGCAACCUCGUCAACGUCUGGUGGGACAAGGUCUGCGAAGACGGCGCCACGUUCCGCCAAAAGAGCGGUACUUCCACGGUCAAGGGCGGCGGCGCCCGCGACGCCCCGGACAAGCUCUUCCAGCACAACGGCGGCGGCACAGUUGAGGUCUCGGACUUUUACGCAAAGAACGUCGGCCAGUUCUGGCGCUCGUGCGGCAACUGCAAGGAGCAGACGGCGCGCACUGCUGUCCUCAACAACAUUUACGUUGACGGCGGCAAGACCGUCGCCCACUACAACAGCAACCUCGGCGACAAGGUCACCAUCAACGGCGCUUGCGUCAUUGGUAGUGCCACGGUGUGCAAGAACUCAAAGGGCGUCACCGGCGGCGGCGAGCCUGACGAUGCGGCUGAUGAUCCGACCAUUUGCGUGCAGACUGAUGUCAAGACAUCCGGCUGCUAA